AUUCAGACGCAUCAAAAAGUCUAUAAAUUCACCACCUUGAGGGAUACAGAGAGCAUCAGCUCAUAUAAUCAACGCCAAACUCGAAGACUUCUCUCUGUCUUCUCGAUUCCUUGUUUCUUGUUCUGUUCUGUCACAACAACGUAAUAACCAUGUCUCAGACUGUUGUCCUCAAGGUUGGCAUGUCAUGUGGAGGUUGUGUUGGGGCCGUGAAAAGGGUUUUGGGAAAAAUGGAAGGUGUGGAAUCAUAUGACAUUGAUUUGAAGGAGCAAAAAGUCACAGUGAAAGGAAAUGUGCAGCCAGAUGCUGUUCUUCAGACUGUCUCUAAGACCGGGAAGAAGACUACCUUCUGGGAAGCAGAAGCACCAGCUGAACCUGCUACUGCAGAAACUUUGGCUGCUGCAUAAUGUUGCUGAUACCAGCAUUUACUUUGUGAAAGUUUGUUUUAUUAGGUAAUAGUUUAUUGAACUUACUAUGAUUAUAAUGUGGAUUGUCGAUAUCGAGCUCGCUUGUACUUGGAUGUAAGCUAUAAUAAUUUCUGGGGUACAUUCAUAAGGAUAUGAUAUAGAAAUCUCAUCUUGUUGUCUUUCUCUA